AUGGUUGAAUCGCGCUACGCCUACCCUCCGGCAGGAAUAGCGGCUGUCGUCAGGGAGCCGUUCGUCAGGAAUCUGCACCUCCGUGCUCGCGGGUUCGAGUGGCUGGCGGAGGGGACGGCCGUGGCGGCGAGGGUGACCAGGGUCGGGGAUGUGCUGGGUACCGGGGGCCCGGGCUGGACGUUGUCGCAAGCCAUAGCGAGCAGGGCAGCGUCAUUGCGUCAGUAUGGGGAUCUGCCCCCUCUGACUCUUGGCAGCAUCCAGGAACGUGUGCUGUACAUGUUAAAGUUGUAUGAUAAAAUUAAUCCUGACCAGCUUCUACCAACCUCUCAUUUUAUGAAGGAUUUGGGUUUGGAUAGUUUGGAUCAAGUAGAAAUCAUGGCCAUGGAAGAUGAAUUUGGAUUUGCGAUUCCAGGUGUAGAUGCAGAAAAGUUGAUGACUGAGAUUGUAACUUAUAUCGCAAAUAAGAAGGAUGUAUAG